CCUUCCUGCGGCCAGUCUGCUUUGACAGCCAACAACACCGGCGCAGAGUCUCGUUUCAAAUCUACCACCUAUUAUUGUUGUUGUUAUUUUUAUUUUUAUUUUUUAAUUUCAUACAGCGACAAUUCACAAACACAGCCUCCACACAUCCUCCACCGGAAACAAGCGUUGGAAACGGCCUCGUCUAGAAUGGGGAACCGAGACGAUGAAUACGAUUUCUUGUUCAAAGUUGUGUUAAUUGGAGACUCGGGUGUCGGGAAGAGCAACCUGCUGUCUCGAUUCACACGGAACGAGUUCAACCUGGAGAGCAAGAGCACCAUCGGGGUGGAAUUCGCCACACGCAGCAUCCAGGUGGACGGGAAGACGAUAAAGGCUCAGAUCUGGGACACGGCGGGGCAGGAACGCUACAGAGCCAUCACCUCUGCAUACUACAGAGGGGCGGUGGGGGCCCUCCUGGUGUAUGACAUAGCCAAGCAUCUGACCUACGAGAACGUGGAGCGCUGGCUGAAGGAGCUGAGGGACCACGCCGACAACAACAUCGUCAUCAUGCUGGUGGGGAACAAGAGCGACCUGCGCCACCUCAGGGCCGUGCCCACGGACGAGGCCCGCGCCUUCGCAGAGAAAAACAAUCUGUCGUUCAUAGAAACGUCAGCCUUGGACUCAACUAAUGUUGAGGAAGCCUUCAAGAACAUCCUCACAGAGAUCUACCGCAUCGUAUCGCAGAAGCAGAUCGCCGAGCGGUCCGCUCACGACGAGUCCCCGGGAAACAACGUGGUGGACAUCAGCGUUCCGCCCACCACCGACGGCCAGCGGGGGAGCAGACUGCAGUGCUGCCAGAACCUGUGACCCGCCGCCCCGCCUCACCUGGGUCAAUCACUCAUCGGGAUCCUUUCGGUUAUUUUCCAGCGUUGGCUUCCCUCUGCCGGGAAGUGCGACAACAUGUUGUCAGGGUGUGCAUUUUCCAGAGCAAAGGGGGGGGGGGGGUUUGGUUCCAUUGUGCCACGAAGGAUCAGCCUAUUUCAGAAGCGUAUGAAUAGAUUUUGAGUAGUAAUCCGAUCCAGGUCUGUUGCAAUCUAGCGCAGAAACAGGACCGGUGGUGCUACCUUAGACCGGCUACUGGCACACCAUCUCCCGCGGCCCUGGUGCAUGAUGCCGGGGCUUACUGUUUGGUUGAGAGCCCCGGGUGGGGGGGGGGGGGUUCAUUCCUGCCUUGUUUCGGUGGUACCAGCAGUCCUGUUUUUUGGGCUUCCCUCCUCCAUGUUUCAGUCAUCAUCUUCAAAAAGUGGUUGUGGCACUGCUGAUGCUUUCUUCAUUUUGUGUAAUAUAUAUUUUUUCGUUUUUUUUUUUGAUAGCUUGUCUGCUCACAUACAUUAUAUUAAUGCCAUGAAAUUAAA